AUGCAAAUGAUCAAGCCGCCGGUGCAACGUCACAGUCAUCGUCGUCAUCGUCUCCUCCGUUCUCUUGGCCACCAAUUUUCUUUUGGUUUUUUUGCCCUUUGUGAAAAGCAAAGAGAAUGCAAGUGUGACAUGGCAACGGUUAUGACCACAAAUUUGUACAACGUGGCACGUCAUAGCCCGCACCCUAUUAUCUUUGUAUGUGGAUCUUGGUCCAGUCUUAUUGAAUCCUUGAUUGAAUCUGCAAAAGAAGAAGAAGAAUCCAUGAGAAGAAGAUCAUAG